AUGGAAUCCGUUAUUUUAUCAAAGGAACACCUGCUCGUUUUAGGGGACUUCAACAUACACUUAGACGUUUCUGAUGAUGCUGAUACUGUAAAAUUUCAUGAUCUGUUGGAAUCCCUUGGGCUUGAGCAACAUGUCACAAAGUCGACUCACAUACAUGGUCAUAUCCUUGAUCUUGUUAUUACACGUAAGACAGAAAACAUCAUUCCAUUUCCACCACGCAGCUGUAGUUAUUUCUCUGAUCAUACAUCAGUUCACUUUGACAUUGCCAUAAAAAACCCACCAUUACAGACUAAAUCAAUCAGCUAUAGAAAGAUCAAGGCUGUUGACAUUGACUGCUUCAAACAUGAAUUGGCAAGCAGUGUCCUAUGCUAUAAUGAACCAAGAGAGCAAUCUGUCCCUGAAGAUCUUGAUAGGCUUGUGAACAUCUACAACACCACCCUCACAAGUAUGAUAGAUACGCAUGCACCACUGACAACCAAAACUGUGAAAGCUAGAUCUCAG